AUGCGAUCGAGGCUCGCGGACGGGUCGCAGCGUCCCGGACGCGUCCAGCGUCGGCAGCGGCUCUACAGCUUCACCUGCCAUUGGUCGUGGUUGUUGCUGGUCGGAGCGGUCCUACUGCUGCACCACCUGACCGAUGGGGAUCAGACACAGCAGCAACCGGAGUCCCAGAUGCGUAGCGGCGGCGGCGGUGGCGGCGGUGGUGGCCGCGCUCGCAGCGUGACCAACGGCGAGGCGGGGGGCGGUGGGGCGCGGGGUCAGUCUUCGCGCCGGCCCCAGACUGCCGGACCCGCGGGCCAGCAGUCGGUGAUGGCGAAUGACAUCGAGUGUCCCAGCUUUACCGAGAACUCGGCCUGCCCGUGCUACAAGUUCGAGGACGGUAUCUUUCUGGAGUGUCCCGGAAUCACCUAUGCGGCGCUCCGGGCCACCCUGCGCAUCAUCACGUCGCCGAUCCAGUCGCUGUCGGUGUACGACUUCGACCGGUCCGUGAAGGCGCUCCCGGCCGACCUGUUCGGGGGCAACCCGAACGCGGCCGGCGAGACGGUCGCGGGUCCCGACGCGUCCGCCAACGUCAGCAUCCGGCAGCUGCAGUUCUCCCACUCGAGUCUGAAGCUGCUGAAGCCGAACAGCUUAUUAGCGCUGCGGGCGCACCUCGAGAGCUUGAGCAUUGUGAAUGGAAAGCUGACCGAAGUUCCGUCGAAAGCCAUCGCCGGGCUGAAGAAGCUGCUGGUGUUGGAUUUCGACUCCAACGAGAUCGGCGCCCUCGAGGAGUACACGUUCUACGGGCUGCACCUGGUGAAGCUCAACCUCAAGGGCAACCGGAUCGAGCGGCUGCCGGUGAACGGGCUCGCCGGCCUCGAGGACACGCUGGCCGAGCUGGACCUGUCGGAGAAUCGGUUGCGUCAGUUUCCGACGCUGGCGUUGCGGCGACUGGAGAACCUGCGACUGUUGCGGCUGUCGAUGAACGAGAUCGCGUCGCUCGAGCCGGACGAUAGCUUCACGCGGUUCGGCGCCCUCUCGUUUCUCGACCUGAGCCAGAACAAUUUCGUCGAGCUGUACGGGGAUUUCUUCGGCACGUUCCCGUUCCUGAAAACGCUCUCGCUGUACAGCAACUUCAUCGAGACGGUGCACCGGGAUGCGUUCGCGUCGCUCAAGGAGCUGCAGUCGCUCGACCUGAGCCACAACAAGAUCGUGUACCUGGACGCGGAGGUGCUGGCGAACAAUCGGCGGCUGCACACGGUCGACCUGAGCCGCAACCACCUGCACUACGUGAGCGGCGUGUUCGCCAACUUGCCGGUGCUGCGCGAGAUCUUCCUGAGCGAGAACAACAUCCUGGAGCUGACGGAUGACUGCUUCGUGAACUCGAGCAGCGUGAAGGUGAUUUACCUGGAGCACAACUCGAUCCAGCGGCUCGGCACCGAGACGCUCCUGACGCUCACCAGUCUGGAGCAGUUGUUUCUGAGCCACAACCUCAUCCACCGGGUGCCGGCCCUCUUCUUCGACGCUACGCCCGAGCUGCACUCGCUGGCGCUCGACGGGAACGCGCUGGUCGAGCUGGACGUGCGGCUGUUCCGGCGGCUGGCGAAGCUGCGCGAGGUCCGCCUCAACCACAACCGGCUCGGGCAGAUCCGCGAGGCCCUGUUCGCGCCGGUCGCCGAGCUGAUGGAGCUGCACCUGCAGAACAACGAGCUGCGGGUGAUCGAACGGGGCGCGUUCCGGCGGUGCCGGCUGCUGCAGUACAUCAACCUGCAGGACAACGCGCUCGAGGACAUCGACACGAUCUUCGCGGGUGGUGGCGCGGGUGCCAACCAGUCGCCCCUGCUGGAUGUCACCACGCGCGGCAAGCUCGUCAGCGGCCGGGGAACGGACCCGUUCGCCGAUCCAGGCUCUCCGGGCCAGGGCCAGGAGUCGGCGCUGCUGUCGAUUCAGCUGAACUCGAACGCCCUGAAGUACCUGCACGGGCAGGCGUUCCGGGGGCAGACGAGCGUGCAGAUGGUGUGGCUGGAGAACAACCAGCUCAAGUCGCUCGACCGGCUGCUGUUCCUGGAGAUGGUGCACCUGGAGAAGCUGUACCUGCGCAACAACACACUGGUGUCAAUUGAGACGGGCACGCUGGAUCCGCUGGCGCGCCUCAAGUAUCUGGACCUAAGCCGCAACCGGCUCAGCGACCUGUCGGCGGAAGUGUUCCGCAACCUGACCGAGCUGGAGGAGCUGUACCUGGGCCACAACCUGAUCGAGUCGCUGCGGGCCCACGUAUUCGGACGGCUGCGUGGUCUCCGCACGCUCGACCUGAGCUACAACAACCUGCAGACGCUCGGGGCGGCCACGUUCCAGCCGGCGCUUCCGGUGAGUGUCCUGAACCUGCGGGGCUGCAACCUGACCCGCCUGGAGCCGGGCGUUUUCCGGGGCCUGGACAACCUGAACGAGCUGACGCUGGACGAGAAUCUCCUGUCGGCGGGGGAACUGCGACAGAUCGAAGCCAGCUCGGUCCGUACGCUACGGCUCGGGGCGAACAACUUCACUGAGCUGGACGGGCAUGUCCUGGAGCGGUUGCCUUCGCUACAAUCGCUGUCGCUGGUGCGCUGCAAUGUGUUGCUGCUGCCGGUCAGCGUCCUGCAGAAGAACGUGAACCUCGUCAAGCUGGACCUUAGCUUCAACCAGCUGCGGCAGCUUCCGCGCAACAUCUUCACGGGGUUGAACGUGUUCCGGGAGCUUCGGCUGCACAGCAACGCCAUGUCCGAGCUACCGUUUCUGGCGCUGCUCAACGUGUCGACGCUGGAGGUGCUGACCCUGUCCCACAACCAGCUGACGUUUGUCGAUUUCUACCGCCUGGGCGGGGUGCCGAACCUGCGGACGCUCGAUCUGCACGAGAACAGCAUCACGUCCCUGUCCGGGUUCAGCACGGACACGCUGCCCCACCUGGACACGCUCGACCUGAGCGGCAACCUGCUGCUCGCGCUGCCCGAGUACUUCUUCAAGCACUCGACCAACCUGCAGCGCAUCGACCUGUCGCUGAACCGCUUCGGCCAGAUACCGAACGAGGCGUUGUCCGGGGGGUCGCUCGCUCGGCUCGCCUGGCUCAACCUGAGUGGCAACCCGCUGCAGCGGAUCUCGACCGACGGGCCCGACCAGCAGCACUAUCCGCACCUGAAGGAGCUGUACAUCCGCUACACGAACCUGUCGAUCGUGACCAGCAAGGACUUUGCGAUCUACCCGGCGCUGCAGAGCCUGCACCUGGUGCAGAACCGGAUCAACCGGAUCUCGCCCGGGGCGUUCUUUGCCCUGGUCAACUUGCAGCUGCUCGAUCUGAGCGUGAACGAGCUGGAGCUGCUGCCGAAGGAGCGCCUGCAGGGGUUGCGGUUGCUCGAGGUGCUCAACAUCUCGACCAACAGCGUGAAGGAGUUGGACGAGUUCGCGCAGGACCUGCAGAAGCUGCGCGUCCUCGACGCGUCCUCCAACCAGCUCGAGCGCAUCCAGAAGAACACGCUGCGCCACCUGGUGGCCCUGCAGGAGCUGUACCUGUACGGUAACCGGCUCGUGACCGUGUCGUCCGACGCGUUCCGUACGCUGCGUGCCCUCACCACGCUCGAUUUGCGCAAAAACUACUUCGAAACGGCCCCCUUGAGGGCCCUGAAGCCGCUCGAGACGCACCUUCAGCAGCUACGCAUCGAAGACAAUCCACUGGUGUGCUCGUGCGAUACGCAGGAACUGUGGGAGUUGCUGAGCGAUCACCGGAAGUGGACCCGCGACUACGACGCGGUGCGCUGCGAGCAGCCACCGGAGGUGCAGGGCAAACGGUUGCUCGCGAUGGAACCGCAGGAGUUCUGCGACGUGCCGCUGAUCCUGAAGAUCGCCAUCCAGGACAUUCAGCCGUACUCGGUGCUGGUCUCGUGGCAGAGCCGCGAGCACUCGGGUCUGCACGGGUUCCACAUCAUCUACCAUUCGCUCGACACGGUCGAGGAUAUCCGCGGCAAGACGCUAAACCGCUCGUCGAGCUCGGCGAAGCUGGCCCGGUUGUCGUCGAACACGCGCUACCUGAUCUGCGUGCUCGGGCUGAGCAACUGGUUGACGUACCACGGGGACAUCAACGCGCUGCUCAACCAGUCCAACCAGCUGCAGAACCAGAUCCUCAACAGUGGCUCGGCGCUGCACAGUGGCUACGCGAACGGCGAGCUCGACGCGUCCCUGUCCAACACGCUGCUGUCGCUGAUGAUGGACACGCCGACGUCGCGCUGCACCGAGGUGCGCACGCUGGACGCGAUCGGGCCGAACCCGCUGGCCGAGGUGGACGGGAUGUCGAGCGAGAGCAUCAUCCACUCGAUCCUGACGCGCCGCCUCGGGCUGAUCGUGGGCUGCUGCCUCGGCAUCGUCGUCUUCAUCGUGCUCGUCUCCGUGCUCGGCUGGCUGAAGAUCAAGAAGCAGCGCCUUGAGGCGGCCAAACGCCAGCAGCAGCCCCACCAGCCCGAGUUCAUCUCCUACCGCCACUUCUCCAUCCCGAACGACGAGCACGGACGCGACGGGAUCGCCCGCGAUGGCGGCGCGUCGAUGUCGAGUGCCGCCACGUUCCUGCAGACGCCCGACGGCCACCCGGCCUUCAUUUCCGGCACGGUGCUUGGCACGACCACCACCGUGGGCGCCGUGGGCGGCGCGGACGAGCGCAAGAAGCUGUUCAUCACCGACAGUUGA